GGGUCAGAGUUCAAAUUUCCGGUUCUCAAAUACAUGAACGAGGAGACGCUUUCACCUGUUAUAACGUUAAAAACAACAGGUUAAUGUCCCGUAGUAACUACGUGUUCUAAGGAGCAUAUAAGACGGCAACAUUGGGAUGAUACUGGAACAACGGGUGGCGUGCACCUGCUUCGCCCUGGGGACGGGGGUCGUGCUGGUACCGAUGCUCACACACUUCCACCUUCGGGAGCUGUCGGACCUGAGCCCGUACGGUGCAGCACUGUACACCGCUGUGGUUAACGGGGUUUUGCUGUUCAUGUGCAGGGGGUAUCUAUAUCAGGUGGGGAUCCGUGCGUGUGGUCUGGGCCUGGCGUUCGGGCUGGGUCUGUGGCUGAGUGUGGCCGCUGCCCAGUGGUACAUGUUCGGUUGGUACAUGUGUGCCCUCAGCUUCUUCCACUUCUCGGAGUACAUCGUCACGGCAACGUAUAACCCCGAGUCUCUGUCCCUGGACUCGUUCCUGCUGAACCACAGUAUGGAGUAUGGACUGGCGGCCAUCGCAAGCUGGGUGGAGUUUGGUUUGGAGGCGUGGAUAUUCCCAGACCUGAAGCAAGUGCCAUUCCUGCACUACGCUGGCUUGUUCCUGGUGGUGGGGGGUGAGUUUCUGCGGAAAGCUGCCAUGUUGACGGCCAAGUCCAACUUUAACCACAUCGUGCAGAGUAAAAAGGCAGACAGCCACAUGCUGGUGACCCACGGAGUCUAUCAGCUGUGCAGACAUCCGGCGUACGUGGGGUGGUUCUACUGGAGUUUAGGCACACAGGUCCUACUAUGUAACCCUGUGUGUGUUGUUGGUUACACCUGGGCGUCCUGGCAUUUCUUCCGGGAGCGGGUAGAAGACGAGGAGGUGACGUUGCUGAACUUCUUCGGCGAGCAGUACCUGGACUACAUGCAGCGGGUUGGCACGGGGCUACCCUUCAUACAGGGCUUCAAGGCAAACUUCUAAGGAAACGUGCCAUGAUACAUCAAGAAAUGGACUUGGAAGUUCAUCUGUGUUCUGGGUAGAAAUUCUGAAGCAAA